AAUCCAUUCCAAACCCAAUUCUUUAUAUUGCAACUGUUUGAAAGCAUUAUUGGGGCAGUGAUUAGUACCAACCUGAACCAAAUUAAUUUGUCUCUAUAUUAUUAUUGUUAUUUUGAGGGUGAAGUGCUACCAGCCACAUUGCAAAAGGAAAGGAUACUUUUCAAAGGAGGAGAGGUUCACAAGAAGGUGACUUUCUUUGUAUCUUUCAUUGAGAUCUGGAGUUAUGUGGAAAGGACCAAAUUAUCCAAUGAGUGGUGUCAAAUAUGAGAGUGGUAGUGUUGUUUUCAUGCUGUUUUUUCUUUCGACAACAUUAACAACAAUAACUCGAGCAAUGGAGGUACCUAAGAUUACUCAAAGGUUCCAUUUUCCAGGAAAUCCCUUCAAGAAAAAGCACUUUCUUCCUCCUCCUCCUGUUCCCAUUCAAAAGAAAUUCAACCUUCCAGCAGCAGUACCUGUUUGGCCACCAGGUAAUGGUUUCUCAAAUGGAAGCAUUGAUCUUGGUGGGUUGCAAGUGUCUCAAAUAACAACUUUCAACAAAGUAUGGGCAUCCCAGGAAGGUGGAGCAGAGAACCAAGGUGCCACAAUCUUUGAGCCCUCAGGAAUUCCACAAGGCUUCUCCAUGUUGGGUAGUUACAGCCAACCAAACAAUAAGGCCUUGUUUGGAUGGGUACUUGUUGCAAAAGAUUUGUCCCCACCAAACACCAUUAAUGGAACAUUAAAGCAACCGAUUGAUUACUCACUUAUAUGGACCAGUGAAAAUCUUGGCAUCAAACAAGACACCAAUGUCUAUGUUUGGACACCAGCAGCUCCUGAUGGGUACAAAGCUGUUGGGCAUGUUGUGACAACUUCAGCGGACAAACCUGCCCUUAACAAAGUGAUGUGUGUGAGGAUAGACCUUACCGACCAAUGUGAGAAGAAUUCAGUGAUCUGGAAUGGUCCCAAUGGCAUAAAUUUUUUUGAGGCAAGGCCAAGCAAUAGAGGAACUCAAUCUCCUAGCGUUCAAGUAGGAACAUUUGUUGCACAAAAUGUUAAUGCCACUGGCCCUCUAACAAUUUCAUGCCUUAAAAACACCAAAAGCAUUGCAUCAUCAAUGCCUAAUGUGCAACAAAUUGAGGCUAUAGUUAAGGCUUAUUCUCCAAUUAUGUACUUGCAUCCUCAUGAAGAAUUCCUUCCUUCUUCAGUCAAUUGGUUUUUCUCAAAUGGAGCAUUGCUAUUCACAAGAGGGAACGAGUCGAAUCCGGUCGCAAUAGCGCAGAAUGGAACCAACCUACCUCAGGAUCCGAACAAUGAUGGUGCUUUUUGGCUUGACCUUCCGGCCGACGCAGCCAACAAAGAUAGGGUCAAGAAGGGAAAUUUGGAAAGUGCAAGAAGCUACAUACAUGUGAAACCAAUGCUUGGUGGAACUUUUAGUGACAUUGCAAUGUGGGUUUUCUACCCGUUCAAUGGGCCUGCAAGGGCAAAAGUGGAUUUCUUUAAUAUUAACUUGGGGAAAAUAGGUGAACAUGUUGGUGAUUGGGAGCAUGUUACAUUAAGGGUAAGUAAUUUCAAUGGAGAAUUAUGGCAAAUGUACUUCUCACAACAUAGUCAUGGUCAAUGGGUUGAAGCCUCACAACUUGAGUUCCAUAGUGGGAACAAUAAUAACAAGCCUGUGGUUUAUUCUUCUUUGCAUGGACAUGCAUGUUACCCACACGCUGGCCUUGUUUUGCAAGGAACAAGUUCUAUUGGUGUGAGGAAUGAUACUGAUUCAAGUAACAUUGUCAUGGAUUUGGGGCUACAUGACUUGGUUUCUGCUGAGUAUUUGGGUUCUCAAGUUGUGGAACCUCCAUGGCUUAACUAUUUUAGAGAAUGGGGUCCAAAAGUUGAUUAUGACAUUGAUGAUGAGUUGAAGAAAGUGGCUAAAGCAUUGCCUGGGAGGUUGAGAUCUCUUUUAGACAAGGUUGUGAAGAGUUUGCCAAGUGAAGUGUUAGGAGAAGAAGGCCCAACUGGUCCUAAGGUGAAGAAUAAUUGGAAUGGAGAUGAGGUUUAGAUAUUAUAUAUUCUACACAUGUAUAUCUUGCUUCCUAAUUCUUUUAAAGCUCCAAUAUUGAUCUAUAACAAAUUUAUUGCAUUUAA